GCUGUCUCUCGCUCCCUUCCUGCUGCAUCACAACAGCCGUUAGUAGCUCGAGUAGCACUAGUGACCGGGGGGACAGGAUAUCCACAGCUAUAUUCAUUGAUAAAAUAACUCCGUUGACGUUGCAGCACUCAACAACAUCCUAACACGGGGGUAACGGACAGGAACUGGUUGCAGUGCGAUAACCCCGCUCCAGCUGUUGGGAUAUGGCCAGGCCGGAACAGGUUCUGCUCUUGGAGCCUCAGCACGAACUGAAAUUCCGAGGUCCAUUCUCAGACGUGGUUACCACAAAUCUCAAGCUCUCAAACCCUACAGACAGGAAUGUGUGUUUUAAGGUGAAGACAACAGCGCCGCGCCGGUACUGUGUGCGGCCAAACAGUGGAAUCAUCGAUGCAGGCACCUCAAUCAAUGUCUCAGUUAUGCUGCAGCCUUUUGACUAUGACCCCAAUGAGAAGAGCAAACACAAGUUCAUGGUCCAGUCCGUGCUAGCACCUCCUGACAUGACUGACAUGGAGGGAGUGUGGAAGGAGGCCAAACCAGAGGAGCUGAUGGACUCCAAGCUGAGGUGUGUUUUCGACAUGCCUGUGGAGAACGAGAAAACGCACGACAUGGAGUCCAACAAGAUGAUGUCGUCCAGCUUGCUGAAGUCAGACUCCUCCACGCUGCCUCCAAAGUCAAUGAGCUCCACCCUCGAUGAUGGGGAGGUAAAGAAGAUCAUGGAGGAGUGUAAGAGGCUGCAGAUGGAGGCUCAGAGGCUACGGGAAGAAAACAAACAGAUCAGGGAGGAUGAUGGUCUGCGGAUGAGGAAGAGCAACGUGAUGUCAUCUCAGCACUCCUCAAUUGGCAUGAAGAAAGAUGAGGGGUUUAGCGCCCGCACGAUGGCCCUCAUUAUUCUCUUCUUUGUGGUGGGCGUCAUUGUGGGCAAGUUGGUCUUGUAGAUGGCAGCGCAGUUGGGUCGGCCGCAGCAUGCUUUCAGGGGGAUGAAAACAAACACGGGAUCUGGGAUUUUGGAUCAGAAAUGCCAUAUCCGCUGGGUGGGGGGUGGUACUAGUUUUGAUUCAGUCUCAUUUAUGUAAAAAAAAAAAAAAAAAAUCAAAGGUAAUGUAUGAGAAAAUAAAGAAGAAAAAAACGAUAUGAACAAACCUACUGUUACAGGUCUUGCCUCUACGUAAUCAUCACAUAAUCAUUCUGGCCCUCUUUCCCAAAGUUUCAUGUAUAUAGAUGACUGGUUCUGUGGGGGAGGGGGGAAUGGAAACAUGAUUUAAUGCUAGUGAUCCAGACCAAUUUUCUAACACCGGCGAGGUAGUGUUGGUGCGACUGAGUCAGUUUGCAAUUGUGUGAAUGUCAUUUUAGUGUAUUGUUGUUUCUUUUUCUAAGCGAUGGAGGCCAGGGCCUAUGUAUAUGUAUACGUAAUCCCCCCCACUGUACAGUAGAUCCAGGUGUUCCUUCCAGCUAAACCCCCUUUAAGGAAGGGACUUACCAGAGAGAUGAUCCACACAGUCGGGGUUACACACAGGGCUAUCAAACUGACUCCUGCAAUCAGAGGCUUUAUAAAAUCGGCUCGUCUUUGAUUGUAGAACAACCUUGAUCACUGUAAGAAACACUAUACCAUAGGGGUUUUCUUUCCUCGUGUCGUUUUUAUUUUCACUCUACCUUAUUCCCGCCACUGGUCACUCAGUGCUCACCACACCCCCAGUUGCCAGAGGGGGAUGUUUGAUUGCAUGCGUUCACACACAAAGAGUGUUGCAUCUGGACUUUUGAAUCUAAUUUAAUUGCUUUUAUAAUGGUGAUAAUAAUAUGUCAUUUGGCUGUAGGUUUGCACAACUACAUUUUCAGUUUUUGUUUUUCUUUCUCUCUUUUGUGUUUUGUUGCAUUUUUAUGAUUUUAAGUAAUUUUUUUUGUUGUUGUUAGGGUUGAGGCAUUUAAGAAUAUUGCAGCUACCAGAAAUGAGCUCCAGAUUUGUAGGAUUAGAUCAUAUCUGUAAACGUUAUCCAGAUGAAAGGCUUGCCUUGUGACCUAUUUGGGCAAGUUAUUCUCAGGCCAAGAUGGAGGUUUAUAUACAGUACUUUGACAUAUAUACAGUAUCUAUAUAUACAGUAUACACACUCUUAGAAAUGAAGGUGCCAUGGAGGGUUCUUCAGCUUGUCCAUAUGGAAGAACCCAACAUAAAAGGUUAUACCUAAAACCAUCUGUGAAGGUUUGACCCAGUACCCCACCUGAGAGGUUCUACAGAGAACCUUGUAUGGUAUAAUGGAUCCAACUAGAACCCUCUCUGGGUGUUCCAUUCAAAAUCUUUUCACCUUCUGAGGUUGCUAACCAAGGUCAGACCAAGUAUUUGCGACAAGAUGAGUUGAAACUUGCAAUCUGCCAGUUCACACCAAUGCAGCUAGACGAGACAGCGUAUCAUAAGAGAAUAAGAGAAUGUUGCAGCAAGCGAACAGGCCGUCUGCAGACAAUUUACUGACUUGGCCAGCAGACUUUGCUACAGUUUCAUUGGCUGUGCAAACGGAUGACAUGCCUUACGUUCUAAAACCAGCCGCUGGUUAUUUGACAAGCUGAGUCGCAGAUCACACCAUCAGCUGGCGUGAAUCGAGCUGAGACCAGCCAGUUCACACUGCUGCAACUUUUCUCUCCAGAUGGCUCCAUCUCGUUGUUAAUCUUUGGUCUGAACUAGAUUUAACAAGAAUACACCAAGAACCCCUUUAUAUUCCAUUAAACGUGAAUAAACAUUUUAUUUGAGGGUCAGGAUUUUUAACUCCUAUGCUUUCAACAGUCCUUGUAGAACUCUCCCCCAUACAGGGUUCCUUAUCGGGGCGUAAUUCACUAGUUUGAUCAUGAUAUGACACUAUAUCGAUUCUUUGGACAACGAUGUGAUAUUUGCUGAUAUCACAAAGUCUGCCAUUACACGAUUUUGAUUUGAUUCAGUCAGUUGGUUACAGGAGAAGCUGCCACCCAUCUAUGCUUUGGGCCAUAAAAGAUUAAAAGACCACAUAAAUAAUUUUAACCAUAUAAUUGUAAUUAAGUUUACUUUAAAUUGACUCACACACAUAAAGCAGCAUAUGUGAGGAGUUAGCCUUAGGGCUUUCUGAUGGAAAGCAAUUACUAAAGGAUUGUUUUUCAUUUUAACCCAAACUAUGAUCUUAUCCUAAACUUUAGGGCUAUCUGGCUAAAAGCCCUGAAGGCAAACUUAACCAUAAAACAAGGUUUAACAACAAGAGCACUUAACAAGAGUAUGACAUUCAGCUCAUGAAAACUGUCAAGGUUCAUAAACAAAACUAGAAAGUAGUCAACCAUCAUUAGCUUAAGUACUUUUACAUUGUAUAAAUUAGCCUAGCAGCUGGCAGACUUUUCCUCUGUUUAUAGCUUUGCAAAUAAGAUGUAUUAUUUUUAGUUUUUCUUACUCACUAUUGAUUUAAGUCCCUGCAUCUCCCGACUGAACAGCACAGUUGAAUUUGAGUCUGCAUCAUGUUUUUUCAGCCUCACAUUGUUGAAAUAGAGCAGCUAAUGUUGCUGUUGUGUAAGUUAGAGUGAGAUGCCCGGCCAGGCAAGUACGCCGAUUUCCUGAGAACGGCACUGUUUGCAUGUAGCAUAUGCUUCGUCUGUUGACCCGUAUUUACUCCGAAAUAUGAAAUAUCUCCACAUUGCUGAUUUACUUCAGAGUAACUAACCUUACCCUCAUUGUCUUUUGCUCAGCUGCUGCUGUUUGACGUUGACACAAAAUUCCAAAAUAAAGGCAUAUUCUAUUGAUGAUACCGGAUCAUCGAAUCGAUGUAUUAAUCAAGAUUGAUAGUCUUCAAAGAACCCUUGAAGGACUCUUUCUUAAAAAAAAAAAGGGUUCUUCAAAAAGAAAUGGUUAUGAAGAACCCUUUUGGAGCCCUUAUUUCUAAGAGUGUACACACACACAUAUACACACACACACACACACCAAAAGCAUGCGUAUAUAAAGAAAGAAGUGGACAGGAGGUGCAUGUAGAGGCGAAUGUGUUUCCCUUACAACAUCAACAACACCAAGGUCCUAUUUCAGUGUCCUCACAAAGGGACCUUGGUCAUUUCCAGCUCUUUUUUUUUUUUUUUUUUUUUGUUCUCUCAUAUUUUCCUACUGAGCCAUACAUUUGUUGACGUUCUGUUUUGUUUGGGGCAAAUGUAUGUCAGAGAUCAACUGAGUGUUUCAAGCUGCCUGCUCCAGCUCUCUGCUGCUGGUGAUUUUUGCUGGAGGGGGGUUUUAUUUCCACUCCACUGCAGGCGUGUGUUCAGUUUUUGGUGUUUGUUCAGCAUUUAUCCGUUGCUUAUUAAUGUUACAUCCUCACUGCAUUUUAAGUCGUGUUCAUUACUCAUGUCGGUCGUGUUUAAUGCACUAACAUUAAGAGUCUCUCUCCUUUGAUCUUCCUGCUGCAUACAUUUUUUUUUUCUCAAGCGAGAGGUGGGGGGAAAACAUACAGCCUAGCCUAUAUCCUUGAGGGGACCACAUUGUGACAUUGUACUGUUCCAGAGCCAAUGGUUAUUUUGAUCAAAAAUAAACACAAACAUACUAACAAAUUGUUUCCUCUCCAAAUUUGCAUGAGGGAAGAAAGCAAUGGAGGAUGUCAUUUUACUUUGUGAUAUCUGAAGGAAAAAGAGCAGCAUAUUUUUAUCCCCCUGUGUCCACAUACGAUGCAGGAGUGCAUUACCCUUACCGUUAAACUGAAAGAGAAAAUGACAGACUUCAACCAUAUUUUCAUGUUAAGUGGAGUGGAAGAUGAUGGAUUUGACUGGCGGAUAAGCGAUUGAAAUAAACAUGAGCUUGUGUUUCUACUGUAUCUCUGUAAAGUUGUUGGGUUGAGGAUGACUUGCUGCUUAGAGGGAGGGCAGAGCAGACCUGAGCUACAGUCCUAUUUUGGGUUAUCAGACCUGGGUCACGUAGUAUUUGCAGCAAAUUCUUUUUGUUCAAAGAAUCCUGGUUGGUUAUGUGAUUCAUAACUCUCCUGUAAUCCUCACCAAUGUGGUACUCCAAGUAGGAUUAAACAGACAUUAUUAAUUACAUGUGAAUACUAAAUGAUCCAGGUUCAGUUGUAAAACACACUACACUGACCUGUCCUGGAGUCUCUGACCAUCACCGUGAUCAAUGUAAGCAGUCGGCAAACUGUUUUGUAUGUAUAUAAAUAAAUAAAUAAGUCUAUCCAAGAAGAUUAAUAUUCCUAGUUCAAGUAGUCUCUCUGGUGUAUAAAAACAACCCAACCUGGUUGGACUAUGUAGCAUCUUAAUAAAUUAAAUGAAUAAAG